UUCAGAUUCAUAGGCAUUGUCACAAGUUCGAGAGACAGGAGCGCUAAUAGAGCACCCCGACUACGAUCAUGACCAACAUCCUCGGGAAGCACCAGAUCGAAAAGGCUCUCUACGAGGAGAAGCAGGAUAUAUCCUCUGGUCGACUGAAAGAAGAAAACCCCUUGGACACGAGCAUCGAGUUCCGAAAGUUUUGCGAAGCAUGUCGACGAGGUGACCUCAAAGUCUGUCAAGAACAGAUCACCACCGGAAUCAACAUCAACGCCCGAGAUGAAUACGAUUACACACCUCUAAUCCUUGCAUCACUUUGUGGUCACUAUGAAGUCGUACAGAUGCUCUUGGAGCAAGGCGCAUUAUGCGAGCGGGAUACCUUCCAGGGCGAGCGCUGUUUGUACAAUGCGCUGAAUGACCGGAUACGCAAUUUGUUGCUUCAAUAUGACUACAGCAAGUCUACGGAUCCGUUACAACCUCUGGCGGCACAUAUCACGGCGCUGUUGACGAGAGACACUCCGAAGACGGCGGAUAUCAGCGUACAAGCUGGUGAGGAAACUUUCGAGCUGCACAAGUUUCUUCUCAGUGCGAGAAGUCCCUACUUUGCUCGGAAGCUGGCCGCUGCACCGGAGACGACAACAUGGCGCUUAUCUCAAGGCGUCCCGCCGCAGUCGUUUGAGACUUGCAUACGGUACUUGUACAUGGCAGAAGUCGGUGCGGACCUCGGCGAUGGCGACGAAGCGCAAGCGAUUCUGACCGGUAUCGAUAAGCUUAGCCGACAGCUGGAAAUCCAGCAAGUGUUUGAGGACAUUUUAGCUUCUGGAGAUCGACGACAAGCGAGACAGAGGAGGACUGAGGAAGUGGAGAGAGGUCGAGAUCAAUUGGCGAGCUGGUUUCAAAACAAUGUGCUCAAGUACAAAGUGGCUCUCGAUACGGCAAAGGCAGAUGAUGUCAAGUGGGAUCGAGAUAAUGGCAUAUUCGCAGAUGUGCUUCUUCGAGCGGACGAAGACGAAGAUCAAGAUGAUGAGGAUCCCGCGCCCAAAGUCCGCCAAGCAACAGGUCCCCUCCAAGGCAUUCCCGUCGGCCACUUCCAGCAGGCCUCUCGCUCUCCCUCCCGCCAACGAAAGACCAAGCGUUCCGUCCUCUUUCCCUGCCAUCGAGCCAUGUUACUCCGCUCGGAAGUCUUCGCAACCAUGUUCGCCUCUCCCUUCCGCGAAGGCCAAUCCAGCACACACCUCCAAAUCGUACCAGUCGAUUGCUCCCCGGCGGUGCUGGAAAUCAUCCUCCGAUUCCUAUACACCGAGUCUGCCGACUUCCCGCUCUCCAUAGCAUUAGAUGUGCUCACCGCCGCAGACAUGCUCUUCAUCGAUAAACUCAAACAGCGAGCCGCGCUACUUAUCAGCACCCUCGGUAACGGCGGCGCAUCGGUCGUUGAAGCGGAAAAUCCUCGCGGCGACACCACCGUCGACGAAAUCCUCGAUAUCUACGAAGUCGUGCGCGCCGGCUGGGACACCCGCGUCCACCGACUGGAAGAAUUCGGUGCAAGAUAUAUGGCGUAUCGACUCGAGCGGUAUAUCGACGAGCCGGAGUUCAAAGAUUUGGUCAAGGAGUCGGCGGCGAGGAUCCAGGGACGGCAGGAGACGGAUACGGUGGAAUUGGUGGAUGAUAUCCGGUACUAUCUGAGUGAGAGAUUUCGGCUGCGGUUUGAGGAUGCCGGGUUGGAUGAGAUGAUGGAUGAGGAGAGGAAGUGGGUGCAGGCGGAGCAAGACGGUGGUGAUAGCGAUGAUGAGGAUGGAAUGCCUGCUUCCACGGCGGUACGCAAUGACCAAGCCAUUGACGGUGCGGCUGGAGGCGUGGUGAGGACGCUGGACGGAGAGAUCGCUGGUGAUGAGUUUGCGCAGGAUGCGAUGAAUUAUCAAAUUCUGCUGGGAAAGAUCGAGACGUUGAUGGACGGACUCGGCUUGGACGGAUAG